ACGUAUAAUCACUUCCUGGUUGCCCCUGAAAACAUGCGUAGUGUCUAUCUAUCUGUUUUAUGUAUUUGUUUUGGCGCAGCUACAUGUCGCUGUAAGACGAUUAGCGAAACCUUUAGUGAAUAUUAUCAUCAUACAUCUACAGCAGACCUUUAACAAGAGAGAAUCCACGCAUUUCGAGCAUCUUUUCCGUUGGUUGCACUAAGAGGAUUCAGUCUCCUACUAUUUCUUGCCAAAGACGACCUGCAUUACUUUGAUCGCUAUUUUUUGCUAAGCUCCACAAUGACAGGAGUGCGUAAAUCUCUAAACUGGACUCAGACAGGUACCAUUGCCGAAGCUUUGUCAGCGGAGUCCUGCCACAUUGUCCUGGAAACAUCCCCGCCAGACUACGUGGAGAAAAUCUCGCGGUAUCUUGAGUCUUCGGUGGGACAGUGCAGACAGGAUAAAGUAUCUAAGGACCCAACUGAAGCAGAAAGUGAUUCAGGAGACAGCUUGUUCAUAACUCAGAAAACCGUACCUGAGGCUGUGAGGUCCGGAAGACGGCGUCACUGCAGCCUGAGGUCAGACCCAACGUCUCCCAGAAAUCCAGAAGAAAGUGAAGAUGACACUUCAUCGUCCGCUUCCCAUGGAGACUCCAAAACUGAUAAAAGCAGGAGAAGAAAGAAAUUCAGACUGCCAAAGUACAGUUUCCCUUUCCUCACAGAGAGGAAGUGGAAGCCCAAGAGCACUCUGCUGUCUGUCCAGCAGAACACAACCCUUCAUAAUUCUGCCAUGGGAGGCUUCUUUAAAUGUGUCAGAGAGCUGUGGCAGGGCUAUCAAAGAGAUGAUCUGGCGUCAUCUUUACCAAAAGUUGACAUGGAUAGGGAAUGCAUAUCUCCGUUGUCAGAAGAAGAAGGGUCAGAAAGUGAGGACAUCAAAGUGGUGGAAAGGAAACGUUUUGUUGCCACAUCAAAAGCAAAGUGCUCACAACCUUGGUACACUCCAGAGAAGAGAGACAGCCAGGUAAAACAACGAAAGAGGACAAGAGCUAAUAAUGCCAGACAAGAAAUGUCACAAGGAAGACGAAUGAAAAUUUUACAUAAAAUACCAGCGAAGGCUCCCAUAUCAAGCGUUACAGCAUUGUGUUCAGAUACAGAGAGCUCUGAUAAUGGCGAUCCUUCUCGUAGAGUUCUGGCUGAGAGGAAGACCAGUGAUAAAUGUGUGACAAUUGACAGAAGCAUCCUGGCCCAAACUGAAACACCAAAGACAAACAGACGUCUUACCAGAGGAAACAAAAACAUUCUUUUUCAAGAAAAAGAAAGGGAGGAUGAGCUGUGUAACGAUAGUGAUGCUACAGUUUGUGAUCCACUUGAGCUACAGGGAAGUCCAAGGGAAUACACACUAAAGGGCAGAGAAGCAUCCCCAAACGUAACAGAGCCUCAGGUUGAUGUUUUUCACACAGAUGAUCGAUCCCAGACAGGACAGUCGGAGGACGAACCUGAAAGCCAAAGUCUUCUCCAAAGUCUCCCAGACCUUGUAAGUGACAUUAAUAAUGAUAGGGUACACAAUGAAAAAAGGGGAAAGAAGAAGAAAAAAGCAAAAGUAGAUAAUGAAAUUGCAGAAGAAAAAGAGGGCCAGGGUCAGGAAGAGCCAGAGGGUCUGGAUGCUGCAGCAUCUGUGAGGGUGGAGGCAGAAGAGACUCCCAGCCUGUCUGAGGACAAUCGAGCAGAGCCUCCGGCAUCACAGACUAGUGAUGAGCUGGAGCUUAAUGAAGAAAAUAGGAUGGAGAACUCGUCACAUGGAGAUAUCCUACUAAGACAGGGGGACAGGCACUUUCCCGAUUCAAAACAAAAGAAAAAGAAGAGAAAGAAGAAUAAGUCAGCAGCAGAUAAUUUUAGACAGGAGGAGGAUGGAAACCUAGAAUCUGGUGUGAGAUUCGAGAAGGACUCUCUGUUUUCAGUGACACUUAACAUGGUGAAUAGUGGCGAGGUGAAGAAGAAGAAGAAGAAAAGAAGAAAAGAAGUGUUGAGGAUGAUGAGAGCGUUGAGCAGUUGCAGUCCGGCACUGUUUCAGAGCCUCUAAAUGAUGAUGCUGAGACACAGAAGAAAAAGAAAAAAAGGAAAAAACAAAAGAAGAUUGUAAAUAUGGAGGAAUGUGAAGAAGAGGAAGCAUUGAAUAUGAAUUCAGAUCUACCUCUGAUGUCGAAAGGACAGUUAGAGGAAAUAGGAAGUGGUUUAGAAAAUACUGAAGCUUCUCAAGAAACAUUAGAGUCCAGUUCUGAAAAGAAAAGAAAAAAGCACAAAAAGAAACAACUAUCAGGUUCUCAGGAUGGUGCUCAAGUUGGAGCAGAAGAUGGUGUAGACCUGAGCUCAUCCAAUGAUGUAGGCCUGGAAGGAAGUGCAGGAUGGCCAGUGAAAAAGAAGAAGAAGAAGAAGAGGAGGGAAAGUAUCUCUGAGGGGGUAGAUAUUUCUUGCACUCCCGACAAAAACAAAAAGGUUAAUAAUGCAGAUUAUUCCCAGAAAACAAAGGAGGGCCCUGACGACCAAGAUGCUGAUCUGGUGACUAAGAAGAAGAAGAAGAAGAAAAAGAGAGAAAUAUUUAGCAGAAAUGUCUCAGAAGACACUGCGGCACAAAGCGAUGAUUCAGUGUCUGUGCGGAAAAAGGAAAAGAGGACCUCUUCCUUCCUCAUUGCUGAUGCAGAGGAAAAAAAUUCUCAAACGCGUGAGGAACAAAGCUCUCCUUGUUCAAAAUCUGUAGCGGCUCAUGUCUGGGGUGCAGAAAAGCCUGGCCUUAGCGCUGGUGAUUUUGAGACCGAAUCAGCCGAAAUCUUUGGAAAUUCGGAGUCGCCUAAUGAUGGGGUCAGGAAAAGGAAGAGAAAGAUGUCAGUACUGAAGGAGAGGGUGGAGAAAGAUCAUCAGCAGGAUUUUGAAAAACCCAACGAAACAUGUCAUAGUGAUUCGCCUAAACCCACUGAGACAGGGGUCAAGAAAAAAAAGAAACGUAAGAGAAAUGAAAGUGAGUCGGUUACCCCCGUGGAAAGAUUAGAAAGCGCAGCCGAUGCCGGAUUAUCUCAAACUGAUGAGGCUGUGGUGUUAAAAAGGAAGAAGAAAAAGAAAAAGUGGAAAGACGAGCAAUGCCAUGUGAUACGGGAAAGUCCACCAACUGCAACUGACAAUGUUGAAUCAGAAGGAGCUACACGGAAACCUACUAGCUCGGUUUCACGCAAGAAGAAAGGAAAACAGUCGACCUUUCCUUUGGUUGCAAAGGAAAGACAUGGUCACUGCGCUGAAAUACCUCAUGACAGUGGUACUUCUGACAAAGUGACCAAGGAAACGCUGAACGUGGCUGAACAUGCCUCACCAUCCUCAGAGACCUCUGGAAAUCCAGUAUUAAAUGGUGUGAGAGACAAGAAAAAUAAAAAAAUAAAAUCCACUGACAAUGUUUUACUUGAGGGGAAAUUGACCCAAUCUGCUGAAAUAGAGACCCACAAAACCAAAAGGAAGGAAAAGAAGGAAAGAAAUAAGCUAACAGCUGUUCCCAGCUUCAUAACCAGCAGCCCUGCAUCCUCGGAGACCUCUCUCUCACACUUUGAAACAUCCUUUUCAGAAAGAAUCAUGAAAAACAAGCACAUGAAGGGCAAGAGGAGACUGCAUAAUCCCAGUGAGGAUUUCUUCACAGAUUAUUAGUAUGAGUUUUCUGUUGAGAGUUUGACCAGUGGAGAAAUUCUCCACAAAAACACAAAGACACAAAGUAACUGUUGCAGCUCCAACCAACACGAAGCUGCCAAUGUUUUUAGACUGAAAGUGUUUAGGUUACAAGUGAAAACUUGACUUUUAAGUUUAUGAGGCUUGCACAAUUACUUGUUAAUGUAUUUUGUUUUGUAUCAAAACAUUUUAACUAACACAGUUCUCAACCUUUCGAGUUGAGAUGAACUUUGGAAAAGUAACAGCAUGGCAUAACCAACCAUAAUGAUUAGUUUUUCUUAUUUUUUUCCCAAAAUAAAAACUUGAGAGUGGGAAUGUUAUAGCAUAUGGUGGGAAAUUUGUCCCAAGCAUGUAAACAAAUUAAAACUACAUUAAAUAAGGUUAAUCCA